AUGGAAAGAAGCCACCAUGACAUCUCCGACCCGAAAUAUUCCCGCAAAAAACACUGCUUCCAGGUCCUUGCUCGCUAUGCUUCCAUUUGUCAACAAAACGGCCUAGUGCCGAUCGUUGAACCAGAAAUUCUACCCGAUGGCCCUCAUGAUCUCGACACUUGUCGGAGAACUACCGAAAUAGUGCUGUCUUACUGCUAUCGAGCACUCAACGAUCACCAUGUGUACCUAGAAGGAACACUUCUAAAGCCGAACAUGGUUACAGCAGGACAGAGUUUUGCGGGCCCUAAACCAACACCAGAAGAAGUCGGCCUAGCCACAGUCACUGCGCUGUUACGUUCCGUACCACCAGCUGUACCAGGAGUGGUAUUCCUGUCAGGGGGGCAGUCCGAAGAAGAGGCCACAUUAAAUUUGAAUGCUAUGAAUCAAACCAAAAUCCCGAAGCCAUGGGUGCUGACGUUUUCAUACGGACGAGCUCUACAAGCCUCAUGUAUGGCGAAGUGGAGAGGUCAAGAUAGCAAUGUGAAAGAGGCUCAGGCCGUACUACUACAACGAGCAAAAGCGAACUCGAUGGCAGCACUCGGACAGUACACUGGCGAUGCGGCUGCAGGCGGUGCCGCUUCAAAAUCACUGUUCAUAGCAAAUCAUGCUUAUUAG